AUGAGCGAUACCAAAAAUGAGGACAAUUCAUUAGAAUAUGAAUUAUCCUAUAAAGUUGGCGUUGCUGAAAAUAAAAAUUCCAAAUUUCGUAGAACAAUGGAAGAUGUUCACACAUAUGUUAAAAAUUUUGCAUCAAGAUUAGAUUGGGGUUAUUUUGCAGUAUUUGAUGGCCAUGCAGGGAAUCAAGCAUCAAAGUGGUGUGGAUCCCACCUACAUACUAUAGUGGAAUCUCAAAUAUUGAAUGAUGAAACUAGAGAUAUAAGAGACAUUCUAAACGAUUCGUUUGUCACAGCAGACAGAGAAAUCAUAACGACAUUACCAGGUAGCAGUGGUUGUACUGCUGCUGUGUGUGUUUUGCGUUGGGAAUUGCCAGAUGAUGUUCCAGAAGGCACACCUGAAGACGUAAUGGACUUAAAAGAACAUAGAAGAAAGUUAUAUACAGCCAAUGUUGGUGAUUCAAGAAUUAUAUUAUUUAGAAAUGGACAAGCUAUAAGACUGACUUAUGAUCACAAGGCAUCUGAUGCGUUAGAAAUGGAAAGAAUAGAGAAGGAAGGGGGUUUAAUUAUGAAGAGCCGAGUUAAUGGUAUGCUAGCGGUAACGAGAUCUCUUGGUGAUAAAUUUUUUGAUAGUUUAGUAGUAGGUAACCCUUUUACUACAAGUGUUGAAAUCAUUGAAGAAGAUCAAUUCUUAAUUAUUGCAUGUGAUGGUUUAUGGGAUGUUAUUGACGAUCAAGAAGCUUGCGAACUGAUUAGCAAUAUCGAUGAUCCUAAUGAAGCAGCCAAAACUUUAGUGCGUUACGCUUUAGAGAACGGUACCACUGAUAAUGUCACAGUUAUGGUUGUAUCAUUAUAG